UUGCGGGUAUGAUUUUGCAACGUCCCACACAUUUGAUAUCAACAGCUGUCAGUGAUCUUGCCCUUCAAAACUCACCCAGCUGUCAAAGCGUCUUGACCCAAUUGGGAAAAUCGACCAGCUAUUCGACGAGCAGAUCGCAACAACGAUGGAUCUGCUCUUCAAGAUGGUCGAGACUCGAAGAUGAUGUGACUAAGCUAGGUUUGCCCGUCGAGCGUGAUGUUACCAAGGUAGCUUUGCCUCGUAGGCUUCAUAAAGCCAGAAAGUCUAGCUGUGAUGGACCAACAUGAAGAUCCAUGCACACCCCCUGGACCCUAUUACCGCGGCCGAAAUCACGCGCGCAGCUUCCAUCCUCCGGGAGCAUGUUCGAGGUUCCAAGGUCCAUUUCAAGGUGGUUGACCUGAUCGAAGCACCAAAGGCAUUGGUUCUUGCCUGGGUGGAUGGGCGCGUCAAGACUGUGGACCGAAAGGCCAGGGUAUACUACCACGUAGAAGGAUCUCAACAUCUCGGAAAAGCGCAAGUGAACAUCACGCAAGGGCGUGUCGAAAGUGCUGUGCUCUUGCCUGAUGCUCAAGGCCCAGUGGACUAUCUCGAGUGGGAGAAAGUGCAUGAAGCAUGCAACACUCAUCCCAUGGUUCUGGAAGAGGUCUCCAAGCUCAAUCUCCCUGCGGAGGCCAAAGUCGUCAAUGACCCUUGGUCCUAUGGCACUGAUGACGCCAAAGAAAGGCGCCGCCUCUUUCAAUGCUACAUGUACAUCGUGCUGAAUGACGACCCAGAGGCCAAUCACUACUCUAUCCCAGCUCCAUUCGCGCCUGUCUUUGAUGCUCACACCCUAGAGCUCUUGUGGAUCGACCGCCUACCUCUCGGAGUAGGGGCUGAGAUAGACGAGACACAGCCGUGGGAACCUGUGGCACCUGUCGAGUACAGUGCCAGCAUCCUCGGAGGUGAAUACUUUCGCAAGGACCUGAAGCCAUUACUGGUGGAACAGCCUGACGGGCCCUCCUUCCAGGUCCAAGGCAGGAAUGUUUCGUGGCAGAAAUGGAAUUUCCAGCUCGGCUGGAAUGUGAGGGAAGGCCCCGUGCUGCACAAUGUGAGCUACGACGGCCGGUCCUUGUUCUACCGUGUGUCCAUGAGCGAGAUGACGGUGCCUUACGGCGAUCCAAGAACUCCAUUCCACCGAAAGCAAGCAUUCGACCUUGGAGACUCGGGGUUCGGACUAACCUCCAACACGCUGACUCUAGGCUGCGACUGCCUCGGCCACAUCCGAUAUUUUGACGGCUACCGCACAUCCGGCGAUGGAACGCCCGUGCUCAUGGCGAAUGUCGUCUGCAUGCACGAAGUCGACCAGGGUAUCGGCUGGAAGCACACGAAUUUUCGAAACGGCAGGUCAUCCGUGGUUCGCGAUCGUCAGCUGGUCGUCCAGUGCACCGCCACGGUUGCUAAUUACGAGUACAUACUCGCCUUCAUCCUGGAUCAAGCAGCGAAUUUGCAUGUCGAGGUCAAGGCCACCGGCAUUGUGUCGACGAUGCCUGUGGCAAAGGGCGUGCAAACGCCGUGGGGCUCAGUGGUCGCGCCGGGCGUCAUGGCCGUUAAUCACCAACACCUUUUCAAUGUACGUGUAGAUCCUGCACUGGACGGUCACAAAAACAGCAUCAUCCACGAAGACUGCGUCCCAGUCGCAAGUGACCCAGACCUCGAUCCCUUUGGCUGUGCGUUCACGGUGGAAGGAACAACGAUCACCAAGGCCGGAGGUUACGACCUGGAUGUCUCGGCGUCGAGGACAUUCAAGAUCAUCAAUCCAAAUGUCAUCAACUCCGUUUCUGGGAAGUCCGUUGGGUACAAGUUGCAUGCCGUUCCUUCGCAGAUGAUGAUGAUGGGCCGCCACACGUUCAACUACAAGCGCGGCAUCUUCGCGAGCAAGCCAAUUUGGGUCACCAAGUAUCGCGAUGACGAGCUCUGGGCUGCAGGAGAAUUUACAAAUCAGUCUCGUGAGGACACCGGGCUCGCUAUCUGGGCGAACCGAGAUGACAACGUCGAGAACGAAGACGUUGUGCUGUGGCAUACUUUUGGUGUCACGCACGUCACCAGACCUGAAGAUUUCCCCAUUAUGCCAUGCGAGAAAAUGUCGGUCACUCUCAAACCUAGCCACUUUUUCGAGCUGAACCCUUCCAACGACGUCCCGAGGUCGAGCCAGCAGGCCAACAGGUCAACUUUGGAUGAGGGGAUGGAUGCUCCUCUUCCAGCCGCCACUAAGGAUGAGACGGCUUCGGGGCAAAAGUGCUGUGUAAGUGCGCCUCGUCUGUGAGGACAAGGACUGAGCCGGUUCUGUCCCUUCGACUCAUUUGUACGGAGGCUUACUUAGCAGAAGUUGGACGGAAUAAGUAGGACUCGAGAGCGAAAACGCAUAUGUAGCCAUUGGAUUUGUCCCGAAAGAUGUCAUUUGACAAGGUUCUCAGCGU